AUGUCUGUCUUCGACCAUAAUGAAGACAUGUUAUCGAGUCCUCAUUUAGCAAAUUCCUUAAUCUUAAUAAGCAAAAGAAAUCCACGCACUGAGGAUGAUGAAUUCUUGACUAAUUUUAAAACUAAGCAAUCUUAAUUUAAUAUGCUUGAAAAAAUAAAGAUUGCUCAUGAUGCAAGCGAAUAGAGUAUUGCUUCAUAAGAUGAUUCUGAUGAAUUUGAUAACUAAUAAGGCUUUACAAACAGGAUUUGGAAAGAAAGAGCACUUAAUAUAAUAGUUCUUGUUGCCAGGUUUGUUACGUACUUAUUAACUAAUUCUGAUAAAUUUAAAUUAAGAUAUCUAGAUAAUAGAUAAUUCAAAGCUAUUGGAGACAAAGCAGCGGAUUUUAGUUUUUAUUUGACCCAUAAAUUAAUAAGAGCAAGAGAAAAAGGAGGAUCAUGGGUUAUUAUUAAAUAUUAUAAUAGCAAUCUUUCCAAACAAAACUAAAAGUUUAUAUGCAUUUCUUGAGUGUAUUCUCUUCUAUUAUUAAGCCAAUUAAGCCAGAUAAUAUACUAAAAUUAUAAUGGGAUGUUGUGGUAUUUUUAAUUCUUUUGAUCAACAUAUUUUAUAUACCGCUUAAAAUCUCUUUUGAUAUAACUGUGGUUGAUGGUGUGGACUUUUUCUUAGAUACAUUACCUUAGUAUGUAUUUUUGUUUGAAAUAUUGUUGAACUUUAAUGUUGCUUAUUAUUCAAGAGGAGUUCUUGUUUUAAAUCGAGGAUAAAUAUUUAAGCAUUAUUUAAAAGGAAAAUUUGUUCUUGACUUUAUAGUGAUAAUUCCAUUUAUGAUUGGUAGAUAAAAUAUCCCUUAUAUAGAAUUUGUGUUAUUAUUCAGAGUGUCAAGAGUAAAAGUAUAUAGUUAAUAUUUAGGUUAUGCAUAUAUUUGAAAAUAUUGUUGAAACUCUUAAUCUUCGAGUUAAUUUUGCUUCUACAGUUGAUAUAGUAUCUUUGAUGUCAACUUUUUUGUUUGCAUCUCAUAUCAUAGCUUGCUUUUGGCAUUUUAUAGCUAUAUAAGAAUUGGAAUUUGAAAAUAACACUUGGAUAUAGAGAGCAUAAUUAUCAGACGAUAAUUGGUAGAAUCGAUAUAUUACCAGUUUCUAUUGGGCUUGUAUAACAACCUUAACAAUAGGAUAUGGAGAUAUAAUUCCAGUAUACAUUUAUUUAUGUAAGUUGAGGUCACCAAAUAUGAGAAGAUUUUUGUUAUUUUUGUUACAUUAUUGAGUUCAAUUAUUUUUGGUUACACUAUUUCUAGUAUUGGAGCUAUUUUUGCUUAAAUGAGUGAAAAUAAAAACUAUCUCAGAGAUAGAAUGACAAUGAUUGAUUCUUUUCUUAAAAAACGAGGUUUAAACAAAGAUUUAUAGGUAAAAGUGAAAAAGUUUUUUGAAUAUUAUCUAAAACAAGAAAGAGAUACAGAGUCUGAGUGUGAAAAAUUAAUGAUUCAUCUAUCAGGGAAUCUUAACAAAGAAGUUAAAAUAGACUUUUAUAAGAAUUUGUUAUAGAAUUCAAAAUUAAUAAGAUAAAAUUUUUCUCAAUAAUUUAUAGAAAAGUUAUGCAUUUUGGUCAAAGAGUAAACAUUUGUACCUGAGGAAAUCAUCUCUGUUGAAGGGUAAUAUAUAUAUCAUUAGUAGAUAAAAAGUUGAUCGAAUAUAUUUUAUUUUAAAAGGAGAGGUUGAAGCCUAUAUUAGUAACAAUAAAAUAAUUAAAAUAUAUCAAAGAAAUUAAGCUAUUGAUGAAAAGUCUUUCAUUUCUUAGCAUCCUGCUUUAUUUUCAACAAGAGCUGUAAAAUUUUCUAAAUUAGCUUACAUCACUUAUGAUGACCUUUAAGAACUUUUAAGAUUUAAUCAAAGAGAUAGAGAGCAUUUCUAUUAUGUUAAACAUUAGAUUGAAUUCAAUGGGAGGGUUAAAUUAGGAGGAUGUGAAUUAUGCCGAUAAAAUCAUACUUUUACUAGAUGUCCUUUUGUAUUUUAUACUCCUAAUUACUUGAGAUUAUUUAAAAAAAAUGAUCAUGGUGAGAAAUAACAAAGAAAAUUUAUAUAUAGAUUAAGGAAGCAUGAUAAAAUUCAAAAUGUAAUGUAAAUUAAUUAUUAAUAAAUAGAACUCUAUUGGCCAACUGAGAAAUCUCUAAAAUUCAGCAUUCAAUUUUUGUGAAUAUAAAGGUUUUUUGAAUGAAUUAGGACCUAAUUCUGAAUUUAUUAUUAGUAAUAAGUUUCAAAUGCAAUAAGAUUCAGAAUAGGAAGGAAGUGAGUCAAACUCCUAAUUAGAAUCUGAUAAAAAGAUUCGUUCAUAGAAUUUAUUGUUAUAUAAACGAGAAUCAAAAAGAAAGGAAUCAGAAAUUUAAAAUAAUGAAGAAAAAUCAAAUAAGUCAAAAAAAAGGCUUACUAGAAUUUCUAUUUAAAAGAAUGUUUAAUAUAAAAAUUGUGGAACUCAAGAAAGAGAUUCUGGUGCAAUAGAUAAAAAAAAUAAAUCAAAUGUUAAAAGAGGGACAGUGAUUAUAAAUUAAAUCAAAAUGGAUUAAAGCUAAAAAAUUGAAGAAGAAUUUAAUUUAUUAUAAUCAUCAAUACCAUUAGGUUAGCAAUAAUAGCAAAUGUAACAAUAAUAAUCAUAACAACUGUAAUAAUCAAUAUAAUUAUAAUUAUAAUCCUAGUCUUCAUAUUAAACUAAACAUUAUAAUAUAGAUUAAGUAUUGUUAAUAGAAAUAGAAAUUUCUAAGUAAAUGGCUGCCUAAGAAUGUGAAAUAGAUACAUAAACAGAUAUGGAAUUUUAUGAUACAGGAUUUAAUUUGGAAUAGGUUGUAGCCAAAUUAAAAAAAGUAAAAAAAUUACCAAUAAAAUUAAAAAAAAAAAAAUUGAAGAAAACAUUAGCGCGAUCUUAAUCUAUUCAUCACAUUAGCCAUACAAGAUCUUGA